GACGAAGAAGAACUAUCCAAAAGUUAUUCAUAUUAAGACACAGCGCUGUUUUAUGGUGUUAAUUAUAAGAUUGUGUGUCUAAGCAGGUGAAGAUAUAAGGAUUAAAUAUUCAGGAGACCACGGUAACCAAAGGAAACCAUAGAAACGGUCGUUAUUUUCUGCGCCUGCGCACUGAUCAACAUAUCGAGCCGCCCCUCCUCCCCGCCAGCUCGCACCGCAGGGUCGGGCGGACACCAACUCACAACACCCCGGAGUCCGUUCCCCCUUCUCUCUGAGUCUCCCCCGUGACAACAUGGAGAGUCCACAUCGAGCCGAAGAUGAGUUGCCGCUCCUGCUGCCGUCUCUCCGCCUCUUCAUCCCCCCGCUGCGCCUGGUGUCUGCGGCCAUGUGGCAGGUGGUCCAGAGAGGGAGCGUGCACGACUACGGGAUGGUGGAGGAGUUCAUCAGCACCGUCUCAGAGAUCGUUCCUGAACUCUUGAAUGCGGAUCAGAAAGCUCAGCUCCUCCUGGGCCUCCGAGCGCGGGUGGUUCUUGAAUUGUGUCGGGCCGAGGAGAUCACAGAUACGGAGACCAUCGAGAUGCACCUGGAGCGGAUCAAGGCCCUCAUCUCCACAUGGGCAGCACAGCCUUGUUUUGCAGAAGUCGAUUUUCCAGAGUCUAACUUUGUGGAUCAAGUGGAGUUGUUGUUGAAAGAUCCAGAAGAGAGGGAGAAGUUCUUCCAGGAUGUGUUCCCGACAGACUUCGGGCCGGACUACGACAGCGCUCUGCAGGUGCUGAUGCUGGACUUCCUGUCCAGGUUGGAGAAGCUUCUCCCGGUACCGGACAUUCAGCAGACGGCCUCCAUGCUCAGCGCUGUCCCAUCUGCCCUGGAGGAGUGUGUGCACUCUGUCCCCGACCCACGCCACCUGAAAACUGUGCUGCUGCACCACACAACGCUGGGACACUUUGAUCUGUCCGAUGAAUCUCAAGCCAUUCCCUCCUCCUUUGGAAACUGCAUCCUGUCUUCGCUCUCCCUCCCUCAGCUGGAGAAGGUCGUCAUCCACCCCGAUGAGCUCCAGCUCCAGCCGUCAUCCGAGCAGAUGCACGCAGAGUGCAUGACGGUCCAGGUAGAGGGCGAGACCGUGACUCUGCUGGACUACAUCCAGAUCGAACAGCCCUCUGGUUUAGUCGAGCCGGACGAUCAGGAAGAGAACGACAUCCUCCAGAUGGAGAGCGCUGGAGACGACGUGAGCGACGCCCUGAAGCCUGCGGCGUUCCAGCCGCUGAAACAAAGCAAACGCAUCCAGCUGAAGAGGAAAGCUUUGAUGGAAGAGAAAGACUUAGCAGCAGAGAAGAGGCAGAGGAAGAAAUACCCGAACAAUAAGACAUGUCCUGUGUGCAGUAAGAACUUCCUCAGGGCGGCGGCCAUGAGGCGACACCUGGAGACGCACUCGACCAACCGAGAUCUCAAGUACAAGUGCGCCAACUGUGAUAAGAGAUUCAGGGAUCACUACGACAUGAACAGACACAACAUGCGCGUCCACGAGAAAGAAGACAUGAUCAUCACCGCUAAAGAGGAGGAGUCAAUCGACCCGGGCACCUCAGACAUGGCAGAGAACAAGAACUGCGGUCUGUGCGGGAAGUACUUCGCCCGCCAGGUGGACAUGGAGCGCCACAUGAAGUCGCACUCAGAGGACCGGCCAUUUAACUGCUGCUUCUGCGAGAAGAAGUUCAAGAACCCGUACGUGUUAAAGAGGCACCAGAGAGAGAUCUGUAAGAGCAGAGAGCUGAAGAGGCAGAAGAAGAAGGAGACGCAGCGAGCUCACCCUCAGCUGCCGUUAGAAGGAGCAGCCGAGGGGAAAAUCUGUCCCAUCUGCAGCCGAGUCCUCCCCUGCACCGCCGACAUCGCCAAGCAUCUCCGAUCCCACACGGAGGAGCGACCGUUCAUCUGCAUCACCUGCGAGAAAGGCUUCAAGUACAAGGACACGCUGAAGAAGCAUCAGAUCAUCCACGGCCACGAGGGGAUCAGAGAGGAGCAGAGCAAGACGUUAGAGCAGAUCCUCGCCGACGCUGAAACGCAGAACUUAGGCGAUCCAGAUGAGCUGGUUAAAAAAGAGAACAAUGUUGACGCAACAGCUGCAGCAGGGACAUCCGAGCAGCCGGCAGAGGUCCAGAGAGUCACGAAGAAGCCUCUGAAAGUGUGUCCUGUGUGUGCGAGAGCUUUCGACAGCAUCAAAACUCUCAACCGUCACAUCCAGUGUCACACAGAGGAGCGGCCGUAUCACUGCGUGCACUGCAAGAAGCGUUUCAAACACAUGCACGGCUUGAAAAGACAUCAAAUCUACGCCAUCUGUCACAGGAAGAUCGCCAGGUUCACGUGGAAGAAGGAGGUGAGAGUCGGGUCGAGUCAAGCGGAAGCGGUGAGCGACGCACAGCAGACGUCUGCUCUUAAAAUCCCCGUGUGGUGCUCGAACUGCGGCAAACACUUUGAGUAUCUGUCCGCCUUAAAGGAGCACCAAGAGAACGUCUGCAAAGUGGACUUGAGGGAGAUCAUGAAGUGUAACGACUGUGACAAAGAGUUCAAGAGCAUGACGAUGCUGAAAGUCCACCAGAGGAUCCACGACCCGCUCUACUGCAAAGAGUGCGGGAAGAUCCUCGCAAACGAGCCCGCCUUCGAGAGGCACAAGCUGAUGCACCGCCCGAUGCAGUGCACCAUGUGUGAGAAGACUUUCACUCUCCUGAGGCGUCUGAGGGAACACUACGAGAAGCUGCACAACUUCACAGGACCGUACCCGUGUCCUCAGUGUGACAAGUCCUUCAUCACGCUGUCCUACCUCGCCAUCCACCAAAGAAUCCACAAGGGAGAGUUCCCUUUCACGUGUAGUCUCUGUCCGGAGAAGUUCAGGUCCUCGAACUGUCUCACGGUCCACCUGAGGAAGCACACCGGAGAGAAACCCUUCCUCUGCUGGCAGUGUGGGAAGAGUUACCGCUCUGCGUCUGAGCUCACGGUGCACAUGGGGACUCACUCCGAGGAGAAGCCGUGGGCGUGCACUCAGUGUGAUCAGGCGUACCGCACCAAACUGCAGCUCACGAACCACGUGGAGCAGAUCCACAUCGGGGUCCGGUACCCCUGCAACAGCUGCGGGAAGCAGUUCAUGAAGGAGACGUCGCUGAAGAGACACGAGCUCAUCCACUCAGGCGAGAGACCGCAUCAGUGCACCGUGUGCGGGAAGACCUUCCUCACCGCUAACGAGCUCCGCCUCCACAACCGCUACCACACCGGGGAGCGCCCGUACAAGUGCGAGCUCUGCGGGAAGGCCUUCAUCCAAUCCGGGUACUUGAAGUCGCACAUGCGCAUCCACACCGGGGAGAAGCCGUUUAAAUGCGACGUCUGCGAUAAAGGCUUCAGGCUGUCCUAUCACAUGAAGAAACACCAGAGGACUCACAGCGGGAAGCCCAAGAGCUACAUGUGCGAGGAGUGCGGUCUGGCCUUCCUCCACAAGAAGUCUCUGUGGGAACACUCGCUCACACACGACGUGAAGAUGGAGCCGGCGUUCACGGAAGAAGUCAGGAUAGAGUUUCAGUAGAUCCUUGAUUUCAUGAAUGUAGUUUUUCUUUCCUCAGUAAUCUGGAUGAGCUGGAAUCAUGGUCACACUAACUCUCUAACAUGAACUCUUUAUUGUUUCAGUGAGCGGUGUGUAAGUUAUAGUUCAGAUGACCUGUACAGCAGAUUUAUGAUCUAUAAGCAUGUAAAUAAAUAAUGAAAGUCAAAGGAA